ACGGAGGUGAUCAUCGCCGCCAUUUCUGAAGAGCAGACGUAGAAAAUGUAAAGGUCAAUGAUAAACAUUUGGCGCGUUUCGUUCGUACAGAUAGAUUUUGUCUGAAGUGGAGGGGACUGUCACCUCGACAUCUGCAGUUCUCUGGUGCAUUUUACUUCUUGAGAUUGCUUUAAAGAUUUUGGCAAACAUUCAGAUGGUUUCAAAUAUAUUUUUUGACAGUGAGAAAGCUAGACUUCUAUCUUCUUUUGCGUGUGUCGCGACUUUUUUUAUUACCGGUUGGCAAGCAAGUGCUAGUUGCUUUUUGCAGCUGGAUAUUCCAGAAUGUCUCUUGAGGAAGCGAAGACAUGCACUUACAACGUCGUAUGAGGGUUACUUGAUGUAGCAUUACGACAUGGGAGAGCUUCCGUUUACGUCACUCAACAAAAGCAGAUAUUGUUACUCAGCAGUAGAGCAUUUGUAGCCGUCUCUUUUGUUUGUCUAAGCAGGGGAUGUAAUUAUUGCUCUUGAGUCCCAACGAGACGGUGAUGAGCAGUCACACAUGAUGCAUGGAGGAUUUUAAUGACUUGUUGCGCCACGGCAGCUGUUGUGCAACAACGUGCGAAGUUGAUCUGUGCAUGAACAUUUCAAGAGCUAGUCCUGGGGGAAACCUUCUAAAUCUAUUGAAAAUCAGAGGUCGAAUUGUUCUGCUCUUUGAGAUGGCUCCUCUUCACCGAGUCUUCUGUUGAUAAGACUGAUGAAUGGCCUUCUCUGUGUCUGUUGAUAGUUUUAGGCUAAUAGAAAGUAACAGAAAAAGAAAGCUCGGCAAUAAUUUGAAUAUCUUUUAGUAGUAUAAAUUUGACGUGUGUACUUUGUAUUUUUACGAUUGCAGGUAACCAGCAGACCCCCCCCCCUUUGUGUUGUGUAUCAUGUACCUACUUAUAACUGAAAUCACCAAAGCAAGGGUUAGUUACUGGCUGAUUACUUUCCUUUUUAGGGGAGGCUUGUGGCGUGUGCUUUAUUUGAACUUAGAUGUUAAACCUCAGCAAAAAGUAAAGGUCAGUUCCACACUGGGGAUGUCAUUUUCAUGCAAAUGCUUGUAGCGUGUUGAGGCUGCUGGCCAGGUCAGUCCAUCGUUUUUAUGGAAAGCCUGGACUCCCCUCGUAACCACAGCUCGGUGACCCCGCGAGAGCCGUACCACUUCGAGACUCUCUUUCCCGCCUGGGUGCCCGCUGUCACAGUGGCUAGCGGAAUGAUACUUUUCCUGGCUGCCUCCUUCUACCUGCGCCACAGGAAAGUGGUCAAGAAACGAGAGAUACUCAUGGACUACUUCUACAUUAUAUUCCAAUAUGGAGGAAUGCGCCGGAAGAGAAUGGUGGCCGCCCUUUGCAACACAAAUGCUAUCACACUCAGGGAGCUGGGCCGGUCCUUUAUGAUCAGUUUUGAUUCGAUGGGCCACUCAGAAAACAAUCCUUCUUCUUUGUUUCCCGGCUCAGCGGAGGCUGGGAGCGGCAGUAACUGUCCGUAUUACCUCGAAGACACGGCAUUCACCGCGGCCAACGCCAACCCAGUAACACCGGGUGCUCAGAAGAGGAACUUUUUCAAAAGCAAAAUUCGCGCCAGUGUUAAAAAAUCUUGGACUCCUUUCCGUAGAUUUGCGACGCAGUCAGAGGACCACCCGAGCACUCAUGCGAACCCGAUGCUGCUCCAAGAUAUUCUGAAGAAGUUUAAAACACGGCGUCCGCCUAGCGGUCCGCCAUCAGCUCAUUCCACACCCGGCAGGAGAGUGCGGGGCGGCUACUGGAGCAGCCCACACCACCUUCAAGGCAGCUCUAUGUGUACCAUACAUGGCGACGACUUUGACUUUCACAAACUGUCCGUCGACAAAGAUUCGCCCCAGCCCUUCGUGUUGGGCUCCCAGAAUUUGCUUACGCCUCGGUUGGCAGAAGUUGCGGCCGAAGCUCGUAGACAUUCGUCGCUGGGAAAUCUGAAUCCGGAGAGGCUAAGAGAAGAACUCAGCGCCGCGGCCAGGCUUGGUCAAGAUCACCCUCUCUGGGGUGGUCAGACUCUGCACCCUCCCAACCUGCCUGCGCCCGGGGAGGGAGGUCAAGGUCGAGUGAACACACGUUGGGGCUCCUCGUCUUCUGUGUACCGCAGCAGUGAACCCACCAUCCUAAUCCAAGGCGCCAGCACCGACAGCGACUGCCCGCCAAGUCUCAACGACAUCCGCAGGAACUCCGAGAACAGCCUCGUUGUGUUGAGGCGAGUGUCUAAAGGCGAUGGGGAUCACUUUUAUUACGAGGAACAACGACUCCCGCCCAUGGAGCGAACGGACCGGGCGAGCUUAAGCAAAGUCAGUUCGGUUCGAUCCGGUAACAUGAACGAAUACUACCACUGUCUGCACAGCCCGGUAAAGAAAAAGAGCAACCCAAACUCACCAGUUGUGGGAGGAAAGUCGGGAGCUAAAAAGUGGAACAAUAAAUCCUCCGAUUCUAGUCGAUCUUCAGCCGUUGUCUCGGGACCCCCGAGGAGCAAAAGGAGCCGUCUCAGUCUCGGAGAAAUCGGGGUAAGUAACUUCAAUCGGCGAAUCGUGGAUUUCCCGAGCGACAGCUUGCCCGAGUACGACCCUGAGUCGUCGGCUGAUAGUAGUCGAAUGUCUCGAGGUUCCUCUGUGCACAGCAAGGGAAAACCUAGAACAGCGUGGACGCGCUUUAAAAACGUUUUCUCGGGCAGUCGAGCAGCUCAAAGCGGGGAUUCUCACCAGAGUAAAGUGUCAAAAUCUUCACAGUCCAGCGUGGAUGAACGACCGAAAAGGCGAAGUCGAAGACAGCAUAAACGUUGGGAUAGAUUCAUAAACGUCUUCACCGGAUUCCGAUCCCUUCCCGAGUCCAAGGAGAGUGGCGUUGUUGUCCCAGGGGAUGGGCCUCCCGGAAGUACUAGCGUGCCCUUAGGUCUGGACUCACGUGUACCCAGAGACUUGUACCACGUGAUUGAAAUGGAGUCUGGCGACCUUCACUUCAUCCCGCGCUCCCCACGUCUUCCCCCGCGAGGUGGCGUUCGCUCGGAAGAGUAUCGUCCCCACCACUUGAGCCCAGGAUCGAAAAUCCCACCAAAAGCGCUCUCGUUCCCGGAUGAGAUUUUCCAGGGUCAUGAACCCUAUAAAAAAGUACAUCACGUGGUAGGUGGUAGUAGGUCGUUCUACACAGACGCAGCAGGGGGACCACACAGUGCGGGGAAACUGUAUCACAUCGGCGACGAAACACCGCCUCCCAGAAGCGCUUCUUUCUCCUUGCCUCACUCCAAAAGUAUGACGUCAGCUUUCAGUACUACGAGCGUGGGGUCACACGAAGACUGGAGGGGUUACUACAGCGAUAUCCCGUCUCCGUACAGGCGAGCUCGAACCCCGAGCAGACUGGAAGGCAACGACAGCGAAGAAGACGCUAUUUUAGGUCGUCGCUUUAGAAGCCUGAGCCCUCUCCCUGAGAGGAGUUUCAGCUUUAGCCCUCGGAGAACAAAGCCUCGUCCUCAUAAAGUCCCGCGGUCCCCGCGAAGAGUGAUUAACCCGAAGUCCAGCAGUUUCCACCAUAAUCAACCGCCUCAAAGUAACGUGAGUCCACGCGCAUGCACGCGACACCGCUCAUUCAGCGGGAGUCGUAAUUCACCUAGUGAUUUUAUAAUGUCAGAGAUCAAAUCCUCUGCGAGUGCUGGCGCGAGUCUAGAGCUACCCAUUUGGAACUCAUCUCCCAGAAUUCCUCAGCGGAGAGCAAGCUCUCACAUAGUGGAAAGAGAUAAGAAUGUAGGUAGCGUCAUGCUGGGACCAAUGUCUGCCUCUUGCAAUACUUCUCCUAUACGUUCCACGUCCUCACCGCUACGACCACAGACAUAUUCAACAUCGAACUCUCCUAUUGCCGUGGCAGGCACUGACCAAUAUCCGGACUCCCCUCGUGCUGUUUCCCCUUUAUUCUCGCCUUCACAGAUUCCGAAAGUCGGAGCUGGUCGUGACUUUCAACGUGGUACCGUUUCUCCCUCGGGCGCGCGCGCUCAUUCUCCAAACAAUGUCGUCUCUAGAACGUCGUCAUCCUCAGGAUUUCCCGUCUCGUCCCCACAAAAAGACGAGAAUCACCACUACCCGACCGCGGAUUAUUCGCCUCCUCCUUAUCCUGCACAGGACCAAAAUCUUCCUCACUACAGUGACCUUGACUUUAGAAGCCAAGAUGUCCCACUGCAAGUUCAUGGAAGUGGGGGCAACUCUUCAGCACUAUCUAAGGCACCUUUAGCCAAAUUGGCCGCCAGCGACAACAUGUCAAUGUCUGGUUUGUGGAGCCGAAGCGGAAGCGGAAACACAGUGGUCGAACAGCCGACAAGGAAAGCUGGUGCAGUGGCAGACGUGAUGGAGGUCAGUGAACCAGUCUCUACUGCCCAAGAGGAUCAACCAAUGUCCAGUGGUCCUCGGACAUUGAGAAUAACAAGACAGGCAAGCCAGGACGGUGACUUGCAGCGGGUUUCUUACGGCAAAAUCACUUUAACAGAUACGCCAUCGCAGUCACAAAGCGGCAAGAUGGCGAUUGGUCCUGUGAGCCGGGUAAAGCCUUCAGCGUACGAUACGCUCAUCUGAUGACAUCACUGGAAACGGAGCUUCAGAAAAAUUCGAGGCUGUAAGGUAGCGUCAGAGGUGACAACUGGCUAUGAAAAAAGAAAAGAAAAAGAUCACGGACUCGAAAUACACAGAUCAUAAUGAUUUGGUAUGAUACAUUAAUUUUGUAUCAAGACUAUUUUAUACAGUCUCUGAAAUUUGGUAAUGAAAAUCGACACUCUGUAGCGUACAUUGAUGACUCAUCUUUAGUCAUUACAACACAAGUAGCCUACAACUUUCUGAAAAGGAGACUUUAAAACAGAGACCAUUUAAACUUGAGGUAGUACCACAGAGUUUUUCAGUAAUACAAUGUUACUGUAAACCCUCUCUGGUAGUACCCAUGGACUUUGAUCAUUCUCACAACGUCAACAUAA